AUGGACCUGCUUCCACAAACACAACGGGAGAAGUCUGGCGGGUGUGGCCGAGAAUGGGAAGGUUUCAAGCCUGAAGGAUGGAGCAAAACUAAGCCUGACAGACUGAGAUACACGAGCGACACAAGCAAGGUCGUGGAAAGGCGAGAAUUGGAUGCCGUAAGCAAGAGGUCGGUGGCACAAACAAGGAAGACGAACGAAACAAAAAGUUGA